AGUUGGAUUUGGAGCGAAAGCAAAAUGGCUCGAGGACGCAAGAGCAAUAGCAUCAAACAGAGUGACUUCACUAACAGCACCAAUCCUCAGGAUUUAGAAAGAAGACUUUUUGUCGGCAAUUUGCCCACAGACCACAUGACUCGUGAAGAAAUGGAAGAGAUAUUUUCAAAAUAUGGCAAAAUCAGGGCCCUCAGCAUGUACCAUGGCUAUGGGUUCGUGCAGUAUGACCGGCUGGAGGACGUCCAGGCUGCUCUGGACGGGGAGAAGGGCCGCCUUUAUAAAGGGUAUAGAUUAGAUAUUAAGAAAGCAGUGGAAAGAAGAAAUAUGAGUAAGGCUUCAUCAAGGUCCAGUCCGGCACGAAGAGAGCUGUAUGCCUACGGGGAUGGGCGGGACGCCCGGCGCGACCGCUCCCCUCUGCGGGGGAGCCCACGCAGAGACCCCAGGGAUGGCAGGGACGGAAGAAACGGGCGAGAUUCCAGAGAUGCUCGAGACAUGCGAGCUAGAGACACCCGUGACCACAGGGACCCGCGGGACCUGCGAGAUCCGCGGGACGUCCGGGAUCCACGAGACUUGCGGGAUCCUCGUGACGUCAGAGAUCUUCGUGACCCCCGGGAGCCGCUCUAUGAUCGAUACAGGGACCCACGGGAUAUGAGAAAUCCACGAGAUGUGAGGGACCCGCGGGAUAUGAGGGAUCCCUGGGAUAUGAGAGACCCUCGGGACCCUUUGUACAGACGAGAUGAAGCUUACGACCGGUACCUUCGCCUGGAGGACUACUAUCGGCGGAAGGAGGACUCCUACUACGACCGUUACAAGGAGCACUUCGACAGGGCCCCAGUGAAUUCAGACGACCGCCUGAAGCGUGAGGAGCGGCGCCGAGAGGAGCUGUACCGCCAGUACUACGAAGAAAUCAAGAGGCGGUUUGAUGCGGAGAGACCUGUGGAUUGUUCUGUGAUAGUAGUGAAUAAACAGACAAAGGAGUACGCAGAGUCGGUGGGGCGGAAGGUGCGGGAUCUGGGCAUGGUAGUGGACCUCAUCUUCCUCAACACAGAGAUGUCGCUGACGCAAGCCUUGGACGAUGUGAGCAGAGGAGGGUCUCCUUUUGCCAUUGUCAUCACCCAGCAGCAUCAAGUUCACCGCUCUUGCACUGUUAACAUCAUGUUUGGCACCCCACAAGAACACCGCAACAUGCCCCAGGCCGACGCCAUGGUGCUGGUGGCCAGGAACUACGAGCGCUACAAGACGGAGUCGCGGGAGAAGGAGCGGGAGGAGAUCGCGCGGCAGGCUGCCAAGAUGGCAGAUGAGGCUGUGCUGCAGGAGCGGGAGCGCCCGCCCCCCGUGGAGGAGGGUGUCAGAGGGGGCCACCCUCCAGGGAUUCAGAACCUGCUGGCAGACAAUCGCUAUCUAACUGCCGAGGAGACUGAUAAAGUAAUUAAUUACUUGAGAGACCGGAAGGAACGGUUACUGAGGGGAAGCGCUGAUUCUCUGCAGGCAUCCAUGUCAAGACAGUCUUUGGGGGCACCUUCAGGAUCAUCUCUGGGUAGCCAGUCCAGUCUUCCAAGCUCUCAAGCUCAUCAGGGUUCUCAGCCUCUGGUCUCUGCCCCUUCUGUUCCAGUGUCCUCUUCUACUCCUCAGCAGGAGCUUCAAGCAAAGAUCCUCAGUCUUUUUAACAGCGGGGACGCAAGCCCCGCUGCGAGCGGCCCUGCCGCCUCCGCGGGCACGGCGGGCAGCACCCCCAACCAGAACUUUGCUAACAUGGCCAGCAGUCAGGCCCGGUCGGCACAGAUGAGUGCUGGAAAUCUAAACCAGGCUCAGCAGAGGUUGCAGACUCCAAGCACGCAGCUUCCUGCUCUCCAGGGCCCUUCAAGGAAUGCAGGUCCAAGACCUGGAGCACCUCCACAAGCUCAGUCGCUUUAUGGUCAGCACCAAAAUCGCCUCCCUGCGCCCAGCAACGUCCCUGCUCAAAGGCCAGUAUCUUCUGGUAUCAACUUUGACAACCCCAGUGUACAGAAAGCCUUGGACACCCUCAUCCAGAGUGGUCCUGCACUCUCCCACCUC